UUGACACGUUCUUUACCAUCACUUGUCAAACCGAAUAAUUUGAUUAUUUGUUUUAUUAUAUAGAUAGUUUUAUUAAAAUAUUCUAAUUUCUGUGUAUAAAACCUUAAAAGUAUGAGUUAAUGUAAUAAUUAUUAACAAAUAUUAUUAAUUGUUGUGGGAAUUAUUGAAUAUAUUAGAUAAACAUGUCCUACGUUAAUACGGGUGACCUACUGAAUUUUCAAGAUUAUUCGCCCGAGCAUAAUAGGACCGCUCGAAUUGACGUGGAAGCUGUGCACACAAAUCAAUAUAAUAGCGGAAACUCAAAUUUCAAUUAUGAAGAGCCAAAAAUUGUUACUGAGGAUGAAGAGCCAGCUCCUAAAAGUGGAAAUCAUAACUUUUGGACAAUAGAGUAUUACCAGAAGUAUUUUGAUGUACAUACAAAUGAGGUGGUGGAGAGAAUAAUAUCGUCGGUGCUCCCACAGAAAGUAUCACGGAACUAUUUUGAUGAGAGAAUCAAGGGUAAACCUGAUCUUUAUGGACCCAUAUGGAUAUCUGUGACAUUGAUUUUCACAAUCGCUGUUAGCGGCAAUAUUGCAAGCUACCUUCAAAAUGCAAACAAAGAGAUACACUGGAGAUAUGACUUUCAUCUGGUAUCCUAUGCGGCCACUGCAAUAUUCUGUUAUGUGUGGCUUGUCCCUCUGGCUCUGUGGGCAGCAUUGAAGUUUACUAUUGUCCCUGAUGGACAGGAGCAGCUUGAGACACAGACACCAGAAUCGCCAACAAUGAUGUCACUGUUCUGUCUGUAUGGCUAUUCAUUAUCCAUAUACAUUCCAGUAGCUAUUCUGUGGACUAUCCAAGUGUCAUGGCUGCAGUGGCUUCUCGUGCUCUUAGGAGCAUUCGUUUCCGGAGCUGUGCUGAUUUUCUGGCUCUUGCCGGCUUUGAGGAAGUCCAAAUACUUCCUUGUUCUUAUUGCUUCAAUACUGGCAUUCCAUUUUCUCCUUGCGGCUGGGUUCAUGCUGUAUUUCUUUCAUGUACCAGAUAAUGUAACUACUGUUUUAACUACUUCAACUACUGCUAAGGCCAUUGUUAAUUCUGCAUAAAGUUGUAAGAUUAUUUUAAAUAAAGAUUAUUUAAUUGAA